AUGGGUAAUACAAUUGAUACAGCUAUCUGUUUGGAUUGUACAUCGUUGAUGGCACUUCAUAUCUCUUCAAUUAAAGAGAAGAUACGUUACGUUUUUGAUACCGUGCCAAUAAGUAAACGAGAUAGUGCACGAUUUAGUGUGAUUCAAUUCCGAACACCCAAUGAUCAACCAGUAACCACAACAAUGGUACCACCCUAUAAUAUACAUGCAUUGGAACAAAUACUUGCACUUCCACUAUGUCAAGAAGAGUAUAUUGAUGAUAAUCGAGAUAUUGGUAAGAGUUGUAUUAUCCUAUCUUCGUAUAUGAACUUACAAGAACUAUUAGGUGCAGCUCUACGUGAAGUUUUGAAUCUUCCAUGGCGUGAUACUGAUGAAAACGAUGUUUUCUUGGAGAAACUUGCUGUUUUGAUCACCGAUGGUGUACCUUGUGGUUUGUUUGAUGCAUUUAAUGGCAAUGAUCCUUGGGAAAUCUCUAAUGAUAUGCGUAAUCAAGGCAUUACUUUGAUUGUUGUUGGCGUUGGAGGAAGUAUUAUGCAGUGCGACGACUUUUACUGCGCUUUAGCUCAUAAUACAGGAGGAUUUUAUAUUCCCUUCAUCAAUGCUGAUCGAAUCUUAUCUUCUGUGAUUGGAACAAUUAUUCAUGACCAAACAACAUUUAACCAAGUACGAACCCAUGAUCUAUACGAAGAAAUUGAGAAAAACUCAUCGUUCAAAUAUUCUUAUAUGAAAUCACGAGUUAAAUGUAUGAUUCAUGAAUGUCAAACAAUGAAUGAUAUUCGUCGCUUCUUUUACGAUCAUCGUUUAUCAAUUCAAUACGAUGCUCAUAGCUAG